AUGUCUCUCGUAUGGGAUAUCGCCGUCGCAAGUCUUGCUAUCGCAUCCGCUUACAUCGUCUACUCAAGAGGACGUUCAGCAGCCUUUCUUUUGCCCCCCAGCCCCCCGAGUGAUAUAUUGAUUGGGCACACGAGAAGAAUCCCAUUUGUCAGAGGAUGGGAGACAUACACAAAGUGGAAGGAAGAAUAUGGCGACGUUAUCUACACUCAGGCUUUUGGCCGGUCCUUUGUCAUCCUUAACUCGGUUCUUGCAGCACGUGAUCUUUUAGAGAAGAGAAGCGAUGUCUUCUCCGACAGGCCAAACCUGCCGGUGGUCUUUAAGAUGGGAUGGGAGUUUGUCCUUCCGAACCUUCGUUAUGGCCCACGUUUCCGAAAGCAUCGCCGAAUCUUUCGUCAUUACCUUGGUCCUCAGGCCAUUUCGGCAUUCAGGCCUGUGCAAGAUCGCGAACUUCGAAGAUUCCUUCGACGCCUAUUGGCUAGCCCGAGCGAUCUCAUCACGCAUAUACACAGUUUAGUUUCUGGCAUUGUCGUAUCAGUAACGUAUGGUCAUGAAGUGGUAGCAGAAUCCGAUCCUUUAGUCGAGCUUGCUGAGGAUGCUAUGCAUGCUUUGACAAGUUCUGGUAACAUCGGGACAACAAUUCUCGACAUUUUCCCGUUCAUGCGUUACGCACCUUCCUGGUUACCUGGAAUGGGUGUGAAGAGGCUCAUUCCAAAAGCCCGAGAGCUGACUGAUCGAGCUAUGAUGCAACCCUUAGCAAAAGGCACUAUUCCCUCGUGCAUAAUGUCCGAUCUGCUCAACCAGUACGAAGAAAUAGAUACGACCGAUCCCGAUCAUGAAAUUGAUAUUAUGAACGUCGGAUUGACUGUCUACGCUGCUGGAUCAGAUACGACUAGUUCUGCUCUCAAGGCACUCUUCCUCCUAAUGACCAUUCAUACACAUGUUGCAAAAAAGGCACAGGAAGAAAUUGAUGGAGUCGUUGGAAGAGACCGGUUUCCUUGUAUUGAAGACAGAGGCUCAUUACCGUAUCUCGACUGCGUAUUGAAAGAGUUGUAUCGAAUUCACACCGUUGCACCUCUUGGUCUUCCACAUAGAUCUACGAAGGCAGAGCAAUAUCGUGGAUGGACCAUCCCUGAAGGAUCAAUGAUAAUCACAAACAUAUGGUGCAUGAUGAGAGACGAAAAGAGUUUCCCGGAUCCGGAUGCCUUUGAACCUGAGCGCCACAUGGCAAAUUUCAUGGCUAACUCGAACAUUCCUUCUGACUUAUCCAAUAAAGGCAUCUCCACUAGUGUGGAUGAUGAUCCCAGUAACAUUGUAUUUGGCUUUGGCAGAAGAGUUUGCCCUGGCAAAUAUCUUGCGGACUCAACUCUCUGGCUGACUGCAGUGAACGUACUUUCAUUAUUUGAUAUCUUGCCUUGCAUUGAUCCGAAUACUGGAAAGGCCGAGAUUCCGAAAUUCGAAAUUGAUAGUGAUGGGCUAGUAGCGCCUUCAAGUGUAGAAUUAUUCCUCGAGACACAAAGCGAGUAG